AGCAGCCGGUUCUUCCCCGGCGGCCAAGCCAAAAGGAGACCAUGGCGGCUUUCGGGGCGCUGCGGCGAGCGUGGAUCUCGGCGGGGGGGAUUCACGCACAGGUUCACCGGACGUCCAUCCCUCCGGGAUGGUCCCAAGUCAAAGCCCGGUUAGCUUCUCCGCAGCAUUCUCGGAACUGUUACGUUGUGCUUUUCAGACCCGCAAUCCGACAUCAGAGCACCGCGGCGGCUGCAGGGACGCAGGUUGCUCAAGCCGCAGCAACUGCGCCGGUAGAGACAAUCCUCCCUUUGGAGGAAAUUAGCCAAAUUGCGGAAGAAUCGACUUUGGCCGAACUGGGUCUGGGAAGCUUCAGUCCAGUGGGUCUAAUCAUGAAGAUCUUGGAGUCUUUGCACUUGGACUUGGGGCUGCCUUGGUGGGGAGCCAUUGUAGGAGGAACGCUCCUGGCCCGCUGUUUGGUUUUCCCCAUCAUUGUGAAAUGCCAGCGACAGGCCGUGAUCCUCAACAACCAUUACCCCCAAAUGAGCGAGAUGAAUUCCAAAAUCAGCGACGCCAGGAAGUCGGGGAAUCAGAAAGAAUUUAUGAAGGCUUACACGGAAUUGAACCAGUAUCAGAAAGCCCAUAAUCUUAAUCCUAAAGUAGGAUUCCUCGCACCCUUGGUCCAGACUCCCAUUUUCAUCUCCUUCUUCUUCGCCCUACGCAAAAUGGCGGAGUGUCCUGUGCCCAGCAUGCAGACAGGGGGACUAUUGUGGUUCACGGAUCUCACAGUCUCGGAUCCUUACUACGCUCUACCCCUGAUAACAACUGCCACCAUGUGGGCUGUUCUGGAGUUUGGGGCAGAAACGGGCGUCUCGAACCCGAGUUACCACAUGAUGAAAACAGCUUUCCGGGUGAUGCCUGUCCUGCUGUUGCCGAUCACGAUCAAUUUCCCAACGGCCGUCUUCACCUACUGGUUGACAUCCAACCUGUACUCGCUGGGACAAGUAUUGCUGUUACGCUUGCCGUCCGUUCGCACUUUUCUCCGCAUCCCGAAACAGGAAGUUCACAAGCCCGCGGCGGGACAGACGCAGAAAGGAUUGAUCGACAACUUCAAAGAGGGGUGGGAGGGCUUCCAGGCCAAAAGACGACUCCAAGAACGAGAGGACCGCAUCAAAAACCACCUGAUGUUAGCAGCAUCAGGGCCGUUGCGUCAGACUUUUGCCGAGAACCCUUUGAAGGAUGUGCAGCUCGAGGCUAGCAAGCCGCCGCCGAAAGAAAGACCCUGGGAAGAUACGUUAAUCUGAAGGCCACAGGACACUACUACUCCAGUUCCCCUCUUGUUCCUUUGUCCCGUCUUUCUGUUCAUCCCCAAUAAAGGAUGCUCUCUUUGGUUUUGCUCCUGCCUGUUGUUGCAAGCUAAGAAUCUGGAGGAAAUACCUCGACUUACCACCAUGCGUUCGCUGACCGUUUGAAAUGACUCGGGAUACAAGCGUCCUUUCUCCAACCCAGCGUGCCAGUUCCUUUCCCUGCCUUGUACAGGGAGUCGACUUACGACCGUUGUCCGUUGAGUGACCAUCCAAAGUUUCUACGGCACUGGAAAAGAGGGACUUAUGACCGUUGUUCACACUUACAACCAUCCCGCACGGUUACAGGAUCAAAAUUCAGACGCUUGGCGACCAAUUCACAUUUAUGACGGUUCCAAUAUCCCGGAGGGAGGGGGUUGUCACGUGAUUCCCCUUUUGCGACCAGCAAAGUCAACGGGGAAAGCCGGAUUCCCCUUAACGGAUUCUCCUCUUACUAAAUGAAUACCUGAAGUGAUCCACUUAACAACAGCGGCAAGGAAAAUCGUAAUGAAACGGAGCAAAACUCACUUGACAAAACGUUUCACUCAGCAACAUGACUUUCGGGCUCAAUUGCGGUCGUAAGUCAAGGAUGACCUGUACUGUAGUGGCUUUUGUUUCUGGGACUGUGACUGGCGGCCUACAGGGAAAUUUGGGGAAGGGCCUUCCCGGCAGUUGUAAGGCUAUUUGUUGUGGAGUUCAACAAACCAAUAAAAGGACUCUUAUUGAA